CUCUCUCACGCCAGCGCAUGUGCCAUCACCAUCAUUCCCAUCAUACGAAAAUACGACAGCACUGCCACCGUCCCCGUAGCACGGCAUACUCAUAACAAGCAUCGUCCGGAUACGAGUGUCGACCCAACCGGAAGACACGCUUCUCCCUCCCACUGCACGCACGCACGCGCACACGCACCCACGCACGGCACGGCCAACGAAACAGUCUUCUGGAUGCAGCAGCAUUGCCAGAGGCAGAGGAGGAGUUCGAGAGUACCAAGCGGCAUACUCGAGGUAGGAGGACGGGAGUGAACAUCGAUGCCAUCGGCCAGGACCGACAAGGCCGUGCAGGAACGCAGAGAGAAGCUCGCCAGCUCGUACCAGUCCCUACUGAGCGAGUUCUCCGCCUCCGACCUCCACACGGUGGGCAAUUACGCACUUGGGCGACUCAUCGGCAAAGGUAGCUUCGGAAAAGUCUACCUGGCCCAGCACAAGCUCACCAAUGGCUCCAAAGUCGUCCUCAAGAGCGCAAAGAAGGAUGACGCGAAUCUGGCCCGCGAAAUCCACCACCACCGACAGUUCCUCCACCCACACAUCGCGAGACUCUACGAGGUGAUAGUGACAGAGAGCCUGGUAUGGCUGGUGCUGGAAUAUUGUCCCGGUGACGAGCUGUACAACUAUCUGCUGAAGCAUGGUCGCAUGGAGGUGAGCAAGGCGCAGAGGAUCUUCACGCAACUGGUAGGUGCCGUGACGUAUGUGCAUGCAAAGGGCUGCGUGCAUCGAGACCUGAAGUUGGAGAACAUCUUACUGGAUAAGCAUGAGAACGUCAAACUGGUGGAUUUUGGCUUCACGCGAGAAUAUCAGGGCUCGACGAGCUAUUUGCAGACGUGGUGUGGGACGGUAUGCUACAGUGCGCCAGAGAUGCUGAAGGGGGAGAAGUAUGCGGGUGAAAAGGUGGAUGUGUGGAGUUUGGGGAUCAUUCUAUAUGCCUUGCUCUGCGGAGAGCUUCCAUUCGACGACGACGAUGACAGUGUCACGAAAGUACGGAUUCUGAAGGAGGACCCGCAAUAUCCGGACCACAUGCCAGAGGGUCCGAAGGAGUUGAUCAAGAAGCUACUCUCAAAGCGACCCCUGUUACGGCCAAGUCUGGGUGAUGUGUUGAAAGACCCGUGGUUGGUGGAACACGCGCCGCAUCAGCAAGAGAUCUUGAAGUUGCAGCAACCACCGCCGUUUUCGACACAGCUUGAGAAAGAUGUGCUGCAGCGCAUGCGGAGUGCAGGCGUUGACAUAGACCUGGUCAUCGAAAACGUCUUAUCUCAGCGCUGCGAUUCUCUGGCCGGAUGGUGGGCUCUGCUCCUCGAGAAGGAGGUGCGCAAGGAAAGGAGGAGAGAACGCAAGCGCAAGGAACGUGAAGCUGAAGCCAAAUCGAUUCGUAGGCUAAGUGCUGCCAGCGGCAGGCUGCUGGCGCAGAGUGCCUUUCUUGGCGAGAUUCAUGAAGGGGAAGAGAACCCACCACAGGAGUCACCUCGAUCGAGAGGACGUCGCAAGGAGCGUGCUCAUGGCAGCACGUUGCUGACCCCUGAUCUACCCAAGGUGACCGAGACGAAAUCGCUCACUCCAGAAGGCGAAAAAUCCAGGCCGCACACUGCUUCAGACAACAGCAGAUCACGGAGUAGGCCUCGCCCGCCCCCCAAAGACUUCAGUGGCGUAGCCCGCUCGCGAAGGACGGCUUCUAGGGGAAGUCAGAGUAUGCUGCGAGUCGUGACUAACAAUCCGGACUUGCUCAGCCCAUCAUACGUUCCCCCAACGCAGCGCAAGAACAAGCUUUAUCCUGCGCCCUUGAGACAGCAACUCGCUUGGGUCAAGCACCUUUUCAAGGGCGAGGCAUUCAAGCGAUCCAAAUCUCCCAAUGAGGCCGAUAAGACCAGCUCGUCGAACGGCAAGAUCGCGCCGAUUGGUAAGACCUCUCAGGAGAAAGGCGAUUUGCGCGAAUUGCAUCGCGUUGCUACAGGGCCAGCGACUGCUCGACGCAAGAGCAUUGGGCAUAAUCGACCAGAAUUACGGAACAGCCAGUCAUAUCCAACGCGACCUCGAAUUAACACUACUUCCUCCACUGGCAGUGGUACCAGUGCACGAGGCCCUCGUACGAGCUUGAGCCCCCACACGUUGACGCCGCACUCGUCCUAUCGCAGGUCUUCCGCUGGCCUUCGAGGUCGCAAGUCAACAUCGUCGUCGGUCUCGUCAAUACGCAGCACAUACAAAGGCAAACAUCAGCAUAGUCACUCCAAAGCAUCAAGCACAUCAAGUGCUUCGGUCGCCUCGCCUUCCGGACUAUCGUCAGCAUCUGGAUCACGAAUGGGUAGGUCACCUCACAGUUCCGUGAAAAUGCUGCCUUCUACGCCAACGGCAAGCAUUCCUUCUGGUAUGCGCUUCUCUCGACGGCCUCCACCCUCGAACAUAGGAUCUCUCCCCGCCUUUCAAGCAGAAGGGAGAGGGAGCAUUUUCGGAGCGAACCCAGCUCCCUCGUCCCCCGGCCUCCCCAAAUUCGCAAGACGCAAACGUUCCGUCUUCAAAGGGCCUAUGCAUAAUAACGGCUCACCAAGUGGCUUCAAUCGAACGCCUUCUGGUGGAAGUCGUUCGGCUUCCGUGCAAGGUCGCCCGAGCGGAGAAAUGAUGCCCGGCCUCACGGAAGAGGACGAGGAAGAAGCAGAGGUGGAAGAGGAAAUGGAAGAGUAUGAGGAAGAUCAAUUCGGACCUGAACUGGCUGGCGUCGUCUCGAAUGAUGAGGCUACUACGAACGCAGAUGGCGUGGAACCUGUCAGUCCUUUGAGUCCCAUUCCAGGCGAGGAAGAGAACCCACUCAACGCCGCUGUGGAGGUUCUCGCGGCAGGAAGUGGACAGCCGCUCACUGCUGAAGCGUUGGCCAAAUUGAGCGAAGAGGAAGCUGCACUCGAAGAGAAGGCGAGUAAGAAGAGCGUUGACUCGAACGCGGUGAAGGAAGCAGCAGUCUGAGUGGAUUGCAGUCGUGGAUAAUGUUUAGGGUGGACGAUCCGUUGUGCUUCUCAUGUUCGUUUCAGCGAGCGAUUGCAAUCCCGAUCAACUAUGGUAUCGGAAGGCUUCUUUCCCUUUUCGACUCGAUUGAAGAAGCGCCUGAAGAAGCAAGGCCAGAUGGGGGAGGACAUUCUUUUUCUUCCCACUACUACCAUCAUUUCUUACCUUUUUUUUUCUUUCUUUUUUUGGCUGCAAGCUGAGAUGAAAGGAUUUUUGUGGCUUAUACAGAUACCCCCCCGAGUUUGUUGUCAUUCUUGUUGUCGUUGGUGUUGUAGCAGCAGCAGCAGCAGCAGUUGUAGUAGUAGUAGUAGCAUGAGCGAAAAAUAAAAAUUUGGUAGACC